AUGGAUUUGGUGCCCCCGUUAGCUGCUGUACAAGCCUACAGCGUCCAGCCAUUAGAAGAGUAUGACACCCCAAGGGCUCCACUACUCCGGCAAGUUUCGCUGGACGAAGAACGCCCAGACGACUGUCAGGGUCACUGGCGGGGAAGCUACAUUCAAGGAGAUGAAGAGGAACGGGGAGUACGUCUAUUCCGAGCUCUACUAUUGCAGCAUUUAAGGCUUGAGGAGCUGAGGCCUCCGCCGUGCAUGAUCGUACCGGCUAAGCCUGAUCAGAGAGGUUGGUGGAUGUACUGGCGCGAUUGGAGGGCACUGGAACGAGCCGCAAGGAAGUUCAGGGAAACCAAAGCGCGUGCCAUAUUGGCAUCACGGGCAGAACACAUACCAUUAUUGAGUCUCGACGAAGUGGCCUUUGAAGACAUUAUGCAAGAGCUUUGUCAGGCUUGUUCUCACGUAGAGAAUCGUGCGUUGGUGGUCUUGGCAUUUCUGUGCGAGGUGUGUGCGCGGGCCGUGAGAGUUGGAGGCUGGUGCCGGGCUGCGGACUGGGCAGCGAGGCACGUGGCGCAGUGUGCUACACCAUGGGCUAAUCGGCAUGGAGGAUGGAGUGCAGUGGUAGAGCGAGCCGGGGGAACUCGCAGAGAUGACACUACUCUGUUAGCCGGUGCAGCGCUUGCAGCUUUGCUGGCGUUUGUGAUUUUCUGCAGGGCACGUCUUCGUUACGCUCUUCUUUAA